CUCUCUUCACCAUGAUUCCCUGCAGAGCGGUGCUGACUUUUGCAAGAUGUUUGAUCCGGAGAAAAAUCGUCACACUGGACAGUCUAGAAGAUUCCAAACUCUGCCGCUGCUUAACCACCAUGGACCUCAUCGCCCUGGGGGUUGGAAGCACUCUUGGCGCUGGGGUUUAUGUCUUGGCUGGGGAAGUCGCCAAAGCAGAUUCUGGCCCCAGUAUCGUGGUGUCCUUCCUCAUCGCCGCCCUGGCCUCGGUGAUGGCAGGCCUUUGCUAUGCUGAAUUUGGGGCCCGAGUUCCCAAGACUGGAUCUGCUUAUCUGUACACUUACGUAACAGUUGGAGAACUGUGGGCCUUCAUCACUGGCUGGAAUCUCAUCCUGUCAUAUGUCAUAGGUACAUCCAGUGUCGCAAGAGCAUGGAGUGGGACCUUCGAUGAACUUCUUAACAAACAGAUUGGUCAGUUUUUCAAGACAUAUUUCAAAAUGAAUUACACUGGCCUGGCGGAGUACCCAGACUUUUUUGCCGUGUGCCUUAUAUUACUUCUGGCAGGUCUGUUAUCUUUUGGAGUGAAAGAGUCUGCUUGGGUGAAUAAAUUCUUCACAGCUAUUAAUAUCCUGGUCCUCCUCUUUGUAAUGGUGGCCGGCUUUGUGAAAGGAAAUGUGGCUAAUUGGAAGAUCAGUGAAGAGUUUCUCAAAAAUAUAUCAGCAGAUGCCAGAGAACCGCCUUCUGAAAACGGAACAAGCAUCUAUGGGGCUGGUGGCUUUAUGCCCUAUGGAUUCACAGGAACUUUGGCUGGUGCUGCAACUUGCUUUUAUGCCUUUGUGGGCUUUGACUGCAUUGCAACAACUGGUGAAGAGGUCCGGAACCCCCAAAAAGCUAUCCCCAUUGGAAUAGUGACUUCCCUACUGGUUUGCUUUAUGGCCUAUUUUGGGGUUUCUGCAGCUUUAACGCUUAUGAUGCCUUAUUACCUUCUGGAUGAGAAAAGCCCACUUCCUGUAGCAUUUGAAUACGUCGGAUGGGGUCCUGCCAAAUAUGUUGUUGCUGCAGGAUCCCUGUGCGCCUUGUCAACAAGUCUUCUGGGUUCUAUGUUCCCCUUACCCCGCAUUCUGUUUGCCAUGGCCCGGGAUGGCUUACUGUUUAGAUUUCUUGCGCGAGUGAGUAAGAGGCAGUCACCCAUUGCUGCCACGUUGACCGCGGGGGUCAUUUCUGCUGUCAUGGCUUUCCUUUUUGACCUGAAGGCUCUUGUGGACAUGAUGUCCAUCGGCACUCUUAUGGCCUACUCUCUGGUCGCAGCCUGUGUGCUCAUCCUCAGGUACCAACCUGGCUUGUGUUAUGAGCAGCCCAAAUAUACCCCUGAGAAGGAAAUUCUGGAAUCAUGUCCCAGUGCGACUUCGAAAAGUGAGUCCCAGGUCACCAUGCUACAAGGACAGGGCUUCAACCUCCAGACCCUCUUCAACCCCUCUGCUCUGCCCACACGACAGUCAGCUUCCCUCGUGAGCUUUCUGGUGGGAUUCCUGGCCUUUCUCAUCUUGGGCAUGAGCAUCCUAACCACGUAUGGAGUCCAGGCCAUUGCCAGACUGGAAGCCUGGAGCCUGGCUCUUCUCGCCCUGUUUUUUGUCCUCUGCACUGCGGUCAUUCUGACCAUUUGGAGACAGCCACAGAAUCAGCAAAAAGUAGCCUUCAUGGUCCCAUUCUUACCCUUCCUGCCAGCCUUCAGCAUCCUGGUCAACAUUUACUUGAUGGUCCAGUUAAGUGCGGACACUUGGGUCAGAUUCAGCAUCUGGAUGGUGCUUGGCUUUCUGAUCUACUUCGCUUAUGGCAUUAGACACAGUUUGGAGGGCAACCCCAGGGAUGAAGAUGAUGAUGAAGAUGUCUAUGCAGACAACAUCAAUUCUGCAACAGAAGAGAAAUCUGCCAUGCAAGCAAAUGACCAUCACCAAAGAAGCCUCAGUUUACCUUUCAUAUUCCAUGAAAAGACAAGUGAAUGCUGAUGCCAGCCAGCGGUCUUACCGCACAUGGCUUACAAGGUGUCAACUGUGGCAGGAUGUCACCAUCAUGCUGGAAUGUCAUGGGUUUGCUGCACACAUGGUUCACCUAACUUACAAUUCCUCCUCCAUAUAACUUCUCUUCUGAUGGUGAAUUAUGUGUUUGGGAAAACUGCCUGAGCGCACUCCUCAGCACCGAGGAUCCCCAAAGUAAUGUGCCUGUGUGUAUACAUGUAUGUGUGGGAAUGUGAGUGUUACAUGUUGUUGGUUUUUAUUACUAUGUGACAUUAUUCCAGCAUUGUAAUGGGUGGCAUAUACUGCACAUACUAAUUAGUAUAGAGUAUUCUGUAUAUGCCUAGGUGGUUAAGGAAAUAGUGAUGAUUUUCUCCUUAUUAGGUCUAUGGCUGUCAAUUUGGACUUUCUGAAAAUGCAGCCACCUGUCAUGAUGUUUAACAGUGGUCAGGGUUGACAGGAAAUAAGGAAUGAGCCUUUGCUGUACAUUACAAUGCCCUGGUAGAGUUA